AUGCAUGAAUUACGCCACCUUCAACUCUUUGGAAAUAAUUUGACAAAUGAUGGCUUGCAGGCCAUUCUUAGUGAUUGUCCUCACCUUGUAUCUCUUGAUCUGCGGCAGUGUUUCAGCAUCAGUCUUGCAGGGAAUUCAGUUAGAAGUUGUUUUGAGAAGAUUAAAGAUGUGAGGUAUCCUAAUGACUCCACAGAGGACUAUGGAUUUGAUGCUCAAAUUAGUGAUGAUGAUUCAUGGGAUGACGCUGAUGCAUGGGAUCCGCCUGAUAUGUGGGAUUGUUGCGGAUCUUAUGUCAGCAAUGCUGCUCCUGACUAUGGUGGUUUGCACUAUGAAGACUACUUUUAA